UAGAAUGUGAAGUCAGUAACCCAUAAGAAAUUUGGAGUAAAAUUGCAUCCACCGGAAAUAAAUAUAUCGAGCUCAGUCCGUCCGUGAGUUCCAAAUCACUGUACCAAUUAUUCUACUGGGAAAACCAUCCAUAUAGAAAGAAAUACGAGCAGCCCCAAAAAUGCGUUCCCAGUAAGUUACUUGAGUACCCGCUGUUAUCCCUUUCAUCUUCACUCACAUCUUGACUUCCAUCGUUCAGCUCCAGUUAAUUAGGGUUUAAAAAAAAACCCAAAUGAGAAACUAGGGUAAAUUGUUAUGACCUAGAUAAAGUAUCUUUGUAGUGUGGGAGGGAGUUAAUGGGGUUAUCACUAUUAGGUUCGAAAUCAUUUAGAUGAGACUGAAGGAGUUGAUCUUUUAUCAGACAGGUAUAAGCUAUUGCCAAAGAGACAGAAGUCUGCAUCAGCUUGCUAUCACCAGGGCGGUUUGCAGCUGACCAUAGGCAGCCAUGCAAACUGUUUCUCUAAUUCGCUCAUGUAUUUUAAUCAGAAAAAACUCCAAUAAAUCAUUCGGAAGGAGGAGAAAGGAAGUCCCAUAUGGAAUUCAAGUCAGAUUACCUUGUGAUGCCCUCAAUUAUAAGUUCCGCAAAUCUAUGCAUCGCUCCAGACUCUUUGCAGCUCUUGACACAAACGACAAUCAUCCACCCAUUUUGGUUCCCGAGGACAAUGCUAACAACGUACCUGAACAGGAACAAGUUUCAAUUCUUAGCGGAUGGUCUCCUCCGAGACCCCUCUGGAGGGGAUUAUCAGUUUUAAUCUUGGCAGGGCAAGUAAUUAUCAGGCUUCUAAAAGGAAAAAUCCACAGGAAAAACACCCUUCAGCAGCUGGAGAGGGUUGGACCCAAAUCAGUUGGGGUAUGUCUUUUGACCUCGGCUUUUGUAGGCAUGGCCUUCACGAUUCAAUUCGUUAGAGAAUUUACCAGAUUGGGAUUAAACAGAUCCGUUGGUGGAGUUCUUGCUCUUGCUUUUGCUAGAGAGUUGAGCCCCGUUAUCACAUCUAUUGUAGUCGCAGGGCGUAUAGGGAGUGCAUUUGCAGCAGAAUUGGGAACAAUGCAAGUCUCGGAACAGACUGACACCUUGAGAGUGCUUGGAUCUGACCCUGUUGAUUACCUGGUUACACCCAGGGUUAUCGCUUGUUGUGUUGCUUUACCAAUUUUAACGCUGAUAUGCUUCACAGUGGGUAUGGCUUCUAGUGCUCUUCUGGCCGAUGCAGUCUAUGGAGUGAGCAUCAAUAUUAUAUUAGAUUCGGCUCAGAGAGCUCUCAGGCCAUGGGAUAUAAUCAGCGCUAUGAUCAAGUCCCAGGUGUUUGGUGGGGUUAUUUCCAUUGUAAGUUGUGCAUGGGGGGUUACGACUCUUGGCGGUGCUAAAGGUGUUGGAGAAUCAACCACUUCUGCGGUGGUGAUAUCACUUGUGGGUAUUUUCAUUGCUGAUUUUUUCUUAUCAUGUUGCUUUUUUCAAGGUGCUGGAGAUUCACUGAAAUCUUGCAUGAGUUAGUUCUGUUCUAUCUCUUUAGUUUAGUUGUUGGUCAGUCUGUAGUGAUUUUGUGUGUUCUCCGGCUCCAGUUGAAACACAUUGGUUCAGUCCUGCCUGUAAAUCUUUUUUCUGCUCUUUUUUUGUUGUUUUCUUGAAGCCCUUAUAAAUUCUAUGUCUGAAGUUGAAUCUCUAUAUCACUUUCUAAACUGUUAAUAUUAUUAUAAGGUUAUCGUUAUCGUCA